CAGGACAACACUUCUCUCUCUCUCUCUCGCACCUCCCCCAUGCACACAGUUCGAGAGCUGCUUCAGCAUCCUCCAUCUUCAACCUCCGAAGCCUUCCGCCGACUGUUCACGCGCAUUCCCCUCUCGCGACCCUUUUGAUGGGUCCUCCUCUGACGCUGUCGCAAGCGGCCGCCUCCCUUCCCCGGCCGUCGACCCUCUAUUGCCCCUCCGUCCCCUCUCUCUCGCCCUCCCUCUCCACCUCCUCGCCGCUUCUCUGCACGACUUCGUUCGACUCUCCUCGCCCCGCUCUUCGCGUCCGUCGGAUGCGGAAUGCAGAGGUGGCCGAGGCGGUGAGAUUCGACGGUCCUGUUAUUCAUGUCGAUGCGUUAUCUGCUAUCGAGGACGAUGAGUUGGUGGUGGAGAAUUGCAUUACGCGAACUCUGCCCCCUGCAUUGACCCUCGAACGCGGCCUCCAGAGUAUUAAAGAAGCCGUGGAGAAGCUGAAGUUGGAUCCUCCUCUUCCUGCUAGCGGAUUUUUCAGAUUCUCGGUUAUGGUACCCCCUAGUGCGAAAGCUCUAUGUUGGUUUUGCGUUCAACCUGAGUCAUCCAAGGUCUUUCCUCUGUUUUUUAUGUCCGAAGAGGAAGAGCCAACCUAUAAAUCAUUGUACUUGAAUGAGACCAGGGGAACUUUUGGAAUUGGGGCAGCUGCUUAUUUCAGGUACUCUUCUUCAGAAGCCACUGGAGAAUCCACUCAGAUCAAAAGAUAUUUAUCGAAUGAUUCGGCACUGAUAAAGGCUUAUGGUUUUCUGGAUGUUAAUUUCAACGCAGAGUUGUCUUCCAUGGAACAUGAGGCAGGCUCAUUUUACUUUUUCAUUCCUCAGAUCGAGCUGGAUGAAUGUGAGGAUGUUUCUAUUUUGUCAGCAACACUGGCCUGGAGUGGGCCUUCCUCCUGUCCAUUUGAGGAGGCUCUUGUUUCGUUCGAGUCAUCUUCACAGCAGGUGAUUUCAUAUAUUCAGAAUACUGGAGAGAAAUUCCCUGUUGCUCGUAUACAAUCUACUCUUGGAAAGCUCAAUGUGGUGGAGAAUCCUUUAACCUCGAUGGUCCAGAGAUAUGUGACAUCACCAGAUGCAAUCAAUGUUUUAUCUGACCCGAUGGAUCUGGAAGUGGCUUCAUAUUCCUCUCAGUUUACUGUCAGGCUUUCACCAAAGAUUACUGUAUCGAAUAAUAUGCUGUCACAAGCAACCGAAAGAAGUUACUCAGUGCGGGAUCUUGCCAACAUUAAUUCAGUUUGGGCUUCACUAAUCAUUGAGGAAUGCUUCCGACUUGGCUUGACGUACUUUUGUAUAGCUCCGGGAUCAAGAUCAUCUCCACUUGCUAUUGCUGCAGCGAGUCAUCCUUUGGCUACGUGUAUUGCUUGCUUUGAUGAGCGUUCACUGGCAUUUCAUGCUAUUGGUUAUGCAAGAGGAUCUCGGAGACCAGCCAUUGUAAUAACGACAUCAGGCACUGCAGUAUCAAAUCUUCUUCCUGCGGUUGUUGAGGCCAGCCAAGAUUUUAUGCCUCUUCUAUUACUCACUGCUGACCGUCCUCCGGAGCUGCAGGAUGUUGGAGCAAACCAAUCAGUCAAUCAGGUAAACCAUUUUGGUUCUUUUGUGAGGUACUUCUUCAGUCUUCCUGUGCCAAGCGAUCAUAUUCCUGCACGAAUGGUACUUACAACACUUGAUUCUGCUGUGCAUUGGGCGACCUCUGCGCCUCGUGGCCCUGUUCAUCUUAACUGUCCUUUUCGGGAACCUCUAGAUGGAAGACCAGAGAAGUGGAUGCUUAGCUGUUUGAAUGGGUUAGAUUUUUGGAUGGCCAAUGUUGAACCAUUUACUAAGUAUAUCCAAGUGCAACAUUACCACUCAAACACUGAUGCUGCGUGUCGAAUGGAAGAGAUUUCAAAGUCAAUUCAAGCUUCAGACAGAGGGCUUCUAUUACUUGGUGCAAUCCACUCAGAGGAUGACAUAUGGGCAGUUCUUCUCUUGGCUAAGCACCUUUGUUGGCCUGUUGUAGCCGACAUAUUAUCUGGUUUAAGAUUAAGAAGGCUUUCAUCUGUGGAGAACAUUUUGUUUCUGGAUCAUCUUGAUCAUGCUCUGGUCUCAAAUUCCUUCAAAAAUUGGAUGCAGGUUGAUGCGGUAAUUCAGAUUGGAAGUAAAAUUACAAGCAAAAGAGUUUCUCAAAUGCUAGAGAAUUCCCCCCCACGUUUGUAUAUCAUGGUUGAUGAGCAUCCAUGUCGCCAUGACCCAUCACACAUGAUGACGCACAGGAUCCAGAGUUCCAUUGUUGGAUUUGUUGAUGUCCUUCUCAGAGGUCACUUUUUAUACAAAAGCAGUACAUGGAGUGACUAUCUACAAGCUCUGAAUAAUAUGGUUGCACGGGAGUUAUCUUUUCAAAUUGAUGCUGAACACUCUUUAACUGAACCUCAAGUUGCUCGUGUGAUUUCAAAAACACUCUCACCUGCGAAAGCUCUAUUUGUUGGAAACAGCAUGGUAAUUCGGGAUAUGGACAUGUAUGGACAGAGUCGGACAAAUUUUACUGAUAAAGUCACUUCGACAUUGCUCAAUUCAAGACUGCAGUAUCAGCUGAUACAGAUAGCUGGAAAUAGAGGAGCUAGUGGCAUUGAUGGUUUACUUAGCACAGCCGUUGGCUUUGCUCUUGGUAGCAACAAACAAGUAGUUUGUCUAAUCGGUGAUGUCUCUUUCCUUCAUGAUACAAAUGGCUUGGCAAUUUUGAGCCAAAGAAGGACAUCAAGAAAACCGAUGACAAUUAUUGCCAUAAACAAUCACGGUGGUGCAAUUUUCAGUCUCCUUCCUAUUGCAAAAAAUGCCGAUCCUCAAGUGCUGGAUAAGUAUUUCUACACUUCCCAUAACGUCUCAAUUAGGGAGCUGUGCCUUGCUCAUGGCGUGAAGCAUGUCCUGGUGCAUGCGAAGAAAGAAUUUCAAGAUGCUCUAAACAAAUCUAACUAUGAAAGAAUGGAUUGUGUCAUUGAAGUCCAAAGCGACAUUGAAGCAAAUGCAGUUACUCACAGUUCUUUGAGAAGUUUUGCUUCACAAGCAGCAAAUGGUGCUUUACGUAUCCUUAUGAAGAUUCCUGCACCAGGCACUGUUUCACUUUCACCUCAGUUCCUGGUUUGUGAAAUUCUCAGGGUGGAAUUCUCCAUGUACAGAAUUCCGCUAGUGGCACCACCCACUUCAGCUGAUCCUGAUUGUGAUUGUGCAACUUCAUACAGAGAGGGCUUUCUGUUGCAUUUGUAUCUUGAAGAUAAUAUUGUUGGGCUUGGCGAGAUUGCGCCCCUUGAAAUUCAUGAAGAAAACCUGCAAGAUGUAGAAGAGCAGCUUCGGUUUCUCAUCCAUGUGAUGAAAGGAGCUAAGAUUAAUUAUAUGCUUCCUACACUUCAUGGGUCAUAUUCUUCUUGGAUAAGGAGCGAAUUGGGAAUUAUGCCAAGUUCAAUCUUUCCAAGUGUCAGAUGUGGUCUGGAAAUGGCUAUCCUCAAUGCCAUUGCAGGAAAACAAGAUUCUAAUUUGUCAAGCAUACUUAGUUGCCAUACCAAUAGAGAUGUAGUAUCUGAGAAGUCACAGGGUGUCAAGAUAUGUGCUUUACUUAAUCCACAUGGGACUCCUGAAGAGGUGGCUCAAGUUGCUAGUAUGCUUGUCCAGGAGGGAUUUACAGCAAUAAAGUUGAAAGUAGCACGCCAGGCAGAUCCAAUUCAAGAUGCUCUUAUUAUACAGGAAGUGAGAAAGAAGGUUGGGUACAAGAUUCAACUCCGUGCAGAUGCCAAUAGGAAGUGGACUUAUGAAGAAGCAAUCCGAUUUUCCUCUUCUGUUAAAAACUGUGAUUUGCAGUAUAUUGAGGAACCUGUCCAAGAUGAACAUGAUAUUGUAAAGUUCUGCGAAGAGAGUGGAUUAUCUGUUGCUCUGGAUGAGACUAUUGAUAACUGUCGACAUGACCCUCUCAAAAUGCUUGCAAAUCAUGUUCACCCAGGAAUAGUUGCUGUUGUCCUUAAACCAAGUGUGCUUGGUGGAUUUGAAACCUCAGCUAUGGUUGCUCGGUGGGCUCAGCAUCAGGAGAAGAUGGCCGUCGUAAGCUCUACAUUCGAAAGUGGUGUGGGUUUAUCGGCGUACAUUUUGUUUUCCCAUUAUAUUGAUCUACAUCAAGCAAAGUUAUUCAAAACAAGGAGCCACAAAGUUGAUCCACCCAUAGCACAUGGUCUUGGGACUUAUCAGUGGCUCAAAGAUGAUGUGACAACUGAUCCUCUGAAGAUUUCUCAUCAUCCGAAUAGUGAGUGUGUAGAAGCAAAUAUAGCUGAUGCUAGUAGACUGCUUCAGAAUUUUCAGGUCAAUCACAAGGUCAUGGUUAGAAAAUCUACUGAUGAGGAAGUCCGUAGAUACAACUUGAUGGUGAAAUUGAAGGGCAAUCAGUAUUCAAUCAAUGCGAUCGAAGUUGGGCAUGAAACUCAGGACAAUGUACUUGUGUUCCUUCACGGUUUUCUAGGAACUUGUGAAGAAUGGAUACCAAUAAUGAAGGCCAUUUCAGGAACAGCGAGAUGCAUUUCUAUUGACCUUCCUGGCCACGGGAAUUCAGUUGGCCAAUCACAUGCGACUGAAGAAGCAGCUGAGACACCAAGACUGUCUAUUGAGAUUAUUGCAGAUGUGUUACACAACGUACUACAACAGAUAACUUCUAAGAAGAUUAUUCUUAUUGGAUAUUCGAUGGGAGCAAGGAUAUCAUUGUAUAUGACCUUAAAAUUUACUGACAAGAUUAAAGGAGCCACGAUUAUAUCCGGAAGCCCUGGGUUGAAGAAUGCCAGUGAAAGAAAAGUUCGCCGUGCUAAAGAUGACAACAGAGCGCAAAUUCUUGUUACAUAUGGCUUACCAGUCUUUCUUGAUUCUUGGUAUGAAGGAGAGCUGUGGAAGAGCUUAAGGAGCCAUCCACAUUUUCAGAAGAUAGUUUCGAGCCGCUUACGGCACAAUGAUGUACAUGGUCUUGCAAAAGCUCUAUCCGAUUUGAGCAUUGGGAGGCAACCGUCACUUUGGGAAGACUUAAAGCACAGUGAGACUCCUCUUUUGCUUGUUGUGGGGGAAAGCGAUGCGAAGUUCAAGGCAAUUGCUCGAAAAAUGUUUGAUGAAUUUGGCUGCAACAGAGAAGUCUGGGAUGGCUCAGGCUCGCCAGAUUCUAGCUGUGAGAUCUUUGAAGUUCCUGGGAGUGGGCAUGCUGCUCAUUUGGAGAACCCUCUUGCCGUUGCUCGGGCAUUGAGAAAGUUCUUGACAAGAGUAAAUAAAGAGUUCAUAGACUAAAACAGCAAGGGUCAACAAUUAGACCCUCUCCGUUUCUUUUGGUUCCUUGCCUUGUGCAGGUUACUGCUGUAAGUAUUUUGCCUGGAGGCUCUGCUUUUGCCUUGGAAAGGUUGCUCUCUUCCAUCAAAUAAGAUCUAAUUUAUCUUCUCCUCCC